AUGGCUUCCGAGUUCAUCGGCUACACCAUUUUGGUCACGCUCCAAAGUUGGUGCAGUCCUCCUAAUGCGCAGAUACAAGGAGUUGUCGCGGACGUGAGAAACCAGAAAUUGUUUCUCCAAAAUGUCCUCUGUCUCUGGAAUGGACAACAUCUCCCUACACACGUAAUCGAUUCGUCCACGAUCGCAGAUCUCGAGGUCGCACCCACACAGCAAUCCAUUGCGGAAGAGAAGGGCCAGCAUGCACCUGUCCCCCAAUCUCAGCCUACUCAGAAUGCCUCAUCCUCCAACGCAUCCCAGAGUCAGCAACAUGCUGCAGCCUUUACGGAUCCAGCCAUCAUCAGUUACGCGAAAGCACCGACGAAAGAAGCCAGACGUCCUUCAAUCCAGCAAGGCCCUGUGUCCCCUAUCAUGAUCGCCGAUGGCGUUAUCAGCAAUCAUCCCGCUCGGCUGCAGACUGGGGUGGCCCAGCGCGGUAGCUCAGUGUCUAGCAUUGCUACCGCUGUGCCCAAAAAGGGCGCAGACAAGAACACGCCAGCAAGCGCAACACUUACGGAGCCCUUUGAUGCUUUGAGGUUGGGCAACAAUGUAGGCGCGAGCAAGGCGGCGAACACUGUGAACACCGUCCCACAGACAACAUCGCAGACUGGCCCUGGAAUUAUCGACAUGAAGGACGUCAACAAUGGACCUUUGAAGAAGCAGAAGAAAGCCGCAAAGGGCAAAGGCUGGCGCCAGACGCCGUUGAUUGAGGAGAUCCCACGGCAGAACAAAAAGAAGGCGCAAAGGGGCCGUAGGCAGGCGGAAGACGUCAAUGGCUGGGCUACAGAAGAUGCGACCGACAUUCAAGACAUGCCGGAUUUUGACUUUGAAGAGAACCUGUCCAAAUUCGACAAGCGUCGAGUGUUUGACGACAUCAGACAAGCCGACACCACGGCCGAAGCAGAUCGAUUGGUGAGCUUCAACCGCAAAGCACGCCCUGGUACAAACGGAGGCCGAAACCUCCAUUGGACCGAAAAUGUUCUCGAGACACCCAAUGUCAAGGCCAGUGACCGGUGGCAGAGCGAAGCUGGGGAGACGGAAAACGAAUUUGUGGAAGACCACUACAGUAGCGGGAAAGGGUCCAAGAGAGCCGGGUCGCGACGUCCUCUGCAGUCGAGAAAAGGCAGCGUCUUGCCGGCACACAUGGACCGCACCGAGUCACCACGGCCACUGGCUCGAAUCCAGACAUCUUCUCCCAUGAAUGGAUCUGUAUCUGGGAUUCGAGCGUCGUUCAAGCUGCCCAACAACAAGCCAUGCCACUGCCUUUCGCCGCUGCAGAUGCUGGAAAUCGAGCAACUGUGCACGUCGGAGUUGGGACUAACGGAAGACAUGGUUUCGGAAAAUGCUGGCCGGAGCAUUGCCAUGGCGAUCUUGAAGCUUCCCGAGGCGAAAAAUGUCGCGUUCCUUGUGGGCAAUCACAAGUCCGGUGCUAGAGCCAUCGCUGCUGCCAGGCAUUUACGUAAUCGGAGACUUCGAGUGACCAUUGUUAUUCUUGGGGGCGAGCGUGAAGAGCUCCUACUCGAAGUGAUGCGCAAGCAACUUGGCAUCUACAAGAAAGGCCAGGGCUACGUGGAACGUUGGGACGAGUAUCAAGCCAAAGUGUCGCAAGGCGGGAUGGUUCCUGACAUUGUCGUUGACGUGUUGCUCGGUGUGCACGCUACAUUUGAGGAGCUCCGUACGGACGAUCAGGCGACGGUGCUGGAAAUGAUCCGGUGGGCCAACCGGACUUCAAAGAUCCUCUCAGUCGACGUGCCCAGUGGACUAUCUGCGACGACUGGCUUGUUGACAGAAGUUGACGGGCAGCCGUUGGUCAUGGCAAGUAAGCACAUUGUCAGUCUGGGAGCGCCCAAGACUGGAUUACUCCAUGCCAUGGCGAUGGAAGCCAUUGAAGUCACCUGGCAGGUGUGGGUGGCAGAUAUUGGGAUAUCUGCUGCAGCAUGGCAAAAGCAUGGAUCCAGACGGAAACAUGGAGUCGACUUUGGCACGGAAUGGGUGAUUCCAGUCAAGUUUGCUCUUGGAGGGUAG